GAUUGAGCUAGACAUCAGACGAGAAAACAAAAAGUCCGGGCCCACUAACGGGACGGAGAGUUUUGGCUCAGUUUUCCGACUACCCCACCAGCCUCUUCCAGACUUUUCCUCUCGGUCCCUGUCCGCACCUGCCUUCCACACCCUCAGGUGCAGAGUAGCGAGGCACAAACACCCGACUCGGCUGUGAUCGAUCUCUUUUAAUUAGCCAGACCCUGACCGAGUAUUGUUGGACCCUCCUGACCAGACCACCAGUGCUACUGGCCACUCAACCACUGAACCAACCGCUGCCCUCGACUACUUUGCUAAAAUCAAAUCACACGCAAAACACUCUCUCACCAAGUAUCUGAACUCUCUGCUCGGAACAAUUGGCGCUGAGGAGAGCAAACCCCCCCGUAAACGACCCGCCGCGUCUCCAGACCAACCCUUACACCAAACUCACCCACUUGCAUCAUGGCAUCCAUAGAUAUUAAGUCUUUGCCCAAUGACGACCCCAAUGUCACGCUCACCAUCCGGCUCAUCAUGCAGGGAAAGGAAGUCGGCAGCAUCAUCGGCAAGAAGGGAGAAAUAGUCAAGCGAUUCAGAGAAGAGUCUGGAGCCAAAAUCAACAUUUCCGAUGGCUCGUGCCCGGAGAGAAUCGUCACCGUCAGCGGCCCCACCUCCACAAUCCUCAAGGCAUUCAGCCUCAUCUGCCGCAAAUUCGAAGAGUCGUCAGCAGCAUUCCAGGACGGGUCGUCCGCCGGCGGGAUCCCCCGGCCGCCAAUCACACUGCGGCUCAUCGUGCCGGCCUCACAGUGCGGCUCGCUCAUCGGCAAGGGUGGCUCGAAGAUCAAGGAAAUCCGCGAGGUGACCGGCGCCAGCAUCCAGGUGGCCAGCGAGAUGCUGCCCAACUCGACUGAACGGGCUGUGACCAUUUCGGGCACUAGCGACGCCAUCACCCAGUGCAUCUAUCACAUUUGCUGUGUGAUGCUUGAGGUAUUAAGCUCCCCACCCAAAGGCGCCACCAUCCCCUACCGCCCCAAGCCCCAGGUGGCAGGCCCGGUGAUCCUGGCCGGUGGGCAGGCCUACACGAUCCAGGGCAAUUACGCAGUGCCCGCGCAUCCAGACUUGGCAGGACUGGCGGCUCUAGGACUAGGAGGACUCAGCAAUAAUGCCGGUGGACUCAACCCUGCAGGUGAGAACUUCUCCUCCCUGGCCGCUUUGGCAGGCAGUCAGCUACGCACCAGCAACAACCGACCGGCGGCCGGAUCGCAAACGCAGACCCACGAGAUGACCGUGCCCAACGAGCUCAUCGGCUGCAUCAUAGGCAAGGCUGGCACCAAGAUAGCCGAAAUCAGGCAAAUUAGCGGUGCCAUGAUCCGUAUAUCAAACUGUGAGGAGCGAGGCGAGGGUGCAAACUCAGACCGCACCAUAACCAUCACAGGCAACCCCGAAGCGGUGGCCCUGGCGCAGUAUCUCAUCAACAUGAGGAUAUCGAUGGAGACGGCCGGCAUGGCGUUGCCGGGCUACCACUACAUCGCGCCCAACCACAUCGUCAAGGCCCCCAUCCACUAAGCAGACACACCGCGCCUCCACUCAGAGCAAUAGGCCCCUUGUGAAGGGCGCCCCAACCACAACCACGACCACCACCACCAUUACAACCACCACCACCACCACCACCACUUCUACCACCGGCACCGAAGCCUGGCGGUGCGCCCACAAGUCACACGGUGAAGGGAUCAAAAGCAAAAAACGCAGUGUUAAAAUUGUGAUUUACAUAACGCAGACAUAAUUUUGUCUCCCGAGUUGUAAAAUGUAUCAUAUUAUAUACGCGGUUCAUUGGUUUUCGUGAAGCAAAAAUGGUAUGUCAAAAGUUUUUUCUCUUUUUUGGUUCGGCGAUACAAUCAAAAAACGCGCGCGCGAUUUGUUGCUGAAGGAAGACAAACACGGUGGAUGAAUUUUUAACUGACCUUUGAGGGAAAUGAAAAAGGUUCGCGAUAUUGAUCAUGGAAUCAUGAUGAAAUGAUGAUGAUGAUGAUACAUAUAUUAAUUAUUAUAAUAUAUUAUGAGACGUUCGUUUUGUACUCUCGUGAAAUGCAAUUAAGCUAGUCGCCUUUUUUACUUGAUUUUUUAUUGUUGUUUUUUUAUACUUGUCGGAGUUAGCGUUAAGAAGUAAAUAAGUUUGAUUGAUUGUGUCAUAUCGUUACAUAUGACGUGUCAUAUCACUCUCCUGCACCCCGAGGUCCCCCCUUUCGUGCCAAAAGUCGCCCCACUUAGUCAGCACUAGGCAAAAUGUGUGUGUUCAGACGCGAAGACGGUGAAAAACAAAACAAGAGGACAUUUAACUAACCACAAAAAUGAUGAAAAUACAGAAGCAGUAUUUUACUACGGGGGGAUUUUUACGGGACGAGCUCGGUGAUAGGAACAAUAAAAUUUAAAAAUCGAGAUGCAUAUUAUUAUAUAUAGUAAUGUGUAUAAUUACAAGAAAAAAAAGAUUAUUUAACAGAAGCGAUUCGGCUGGCGCAGAGCAAAAUACACACACUCACUUUUAUCUCGACUGAGGGUUGUUGAACAAUUAAAUGAGAAAAACAAACAGACAUUCACAGACACACAACAAACACACACUUGCAUAUAAAUACACACAAACACACACACACGGAAUACACGAGACGAACGAGACACUCGUACACGCAGUCACACAGUGUAUCGGACAAAUUCGUAUGGAUAAAUAUAAUUAUAUACACAAGCAUAUUAAUUAUAUUAUUAAACACACACAAACACACACACACUACGGUAUAUCAAAUAGCGAGAGGCAUCAGAAAAUCACUUUUAUUAAAAAAAUAAUUAUACUCAAUGUGAAUUUAUAUCGAUAUACUAUUAAAAUUAAAGAGAAAUCUCUUGUAGCUGUGAUCUGGGGGCGGCUGGCCGUCCCCGGUCCCGAAGGGGCUCCUCCCCUCCCGGGCCGGGGGCCGUCCGCAGCGGGAACAACAUCGGGGGCCCCCUUGGUUUUUGUGUAUCGUGGUGGCGAUAAUUAAAACAAACAAAUCGACGACCUGCGCGGCGGCGGCAAAAGUGCGCACGCACGCGACGAGUCGGGGAAGCUGCUUAAAAACCGAAAAGACAAGAAUAAGAGUAUUCAGAGUUUAGAGUUAAUUAUUUACUAGCUUAGCCAAUACACGUGGAGGAUAAAUAAAAGUUUAAAAAUAGUGUUUACGCUGUGUCGGAGGCGGCGGCCGCGGAGGGAUGGGUUUUUUCUGCCCUCGCGCCCGCCGCCCUUAAUCUCUAUAUUAACGUAAUUAUAUCGAGUACAUCUCUGUACACUUAGCGUUUGUAAUCGUCAGUUGAAAAGGGAAAAUUACAACACAACACACACACUCAGAUCAAGAUUUAAAAAAAAAACAGAAAAAUGAGGAAUCCAAUAAAUGGGGGUAUACGGGUAACUACCGCGGCGGCCGGCGAGGACGCCUCUGUUCGAGUGUAUUUUGAAAAACAGCGCCCUCUCACCCGGUCCGCGUUUGGACUAAAUAUUUUGAUAUCGUACUCCCUUUAUCGCUCGUUUGUCAGGCAGGUUAUAGACAGUAAGAGAACACAACACAACUCGAUCAAAAAACUAUAUAGUGUGUGUGUAAUUCGAUAAUCACCGCACAGACGGACCAUUGAAAAUGGCACUUGACGGGGCCGGCGGUGGGUGCCGACGGCGGGCCGCUUGGCGGCGCCGCCGCCGUCGAACUCGUUUUCCCGCCAAAAUGCGUUAGUCGGUUAUUCGCUCGAGCUUUGAGUUCGACACACACUUUUCGCUUGGGAUGGUGUGAUAUCAUCUCGUUUUGAGAUGUCUUUUCCAUCUCCACCCGCCGUAGUGGACUUUUGCUUUGCCGUUCGCUUGGUUAGUUCUCUCGAGGGGUUUAGUUGCCGUUUUCCGUUGUCGCGCGAGCGCGUCCACCGCCGGCCUCCACCAAAGAUAGCGCAGAAAAUCGCUGAAUUUAAGAGGUGUGAUCUCAUCGGAUCUUGUGGAUCGGAGACAAAAUAAUCGAUGUGCUUCAUGAAGCAAUAACAUACAUAUUAUACCUUUAAACAGACACACACACACACACACGUACACAACAUAAUAUAUUAUAUUCAAAAUGCGACGGAAUGAAUUUUUCAUGAUUUCACCCUGUAACGCUGAAGACAUUUUUGUGCCAAAGGAAAGAAGAAGAAGAAAAAACACGACGCGUUUUUAACAAAUCGGCGAUGCCAAAUUGUGUAAUUUUGACCCGAGUUGCGACACUGAUGGUUGAAAUUAUUUGUUAUCCCGUACACGUAUUAUUGUGGCAGACAAUCUCACUGUUGUAUCGAGUGUGCCAAAAAAAAGAAACAAAAAUAUCGUUGAUUUGAGAAGCAGCAGACAGACACGAUAGAGCUAUUUACUGGAGAGCAGGCGGGGAUAAUGAAAAUCAUCAAUUGUUAAAGUAUUCAUAGUCGGCAGACUCAGGAUUAUUUAAAAUAUUAGACACGCGGAAAAAACAAUUUACUGAUCUGUCUAGUAGAAUUUAACUCGGAAAAAGCGGUUUUCUUUUUGUGAUAAAGUGAAACACAGGUGUAUGUUUAAAAAAAAGUAUAAUUGGCGUACAUAAUAUUGCAGGCUCGCGUGUUUUGCAUAAUUAUCGUGUAACAAAAGAACUAUUAACUCAUCAUCUCACAACAAUAGCCUUUGAGGAAACAGGGUCUUAUCAGAAUAAUAAAUUCAUAUUUGUAUAAAAAUCACUCUUCUCACGAUUAGUUAUCGAAAGGCGAGGGUAUUCGAGUGGAGACAAACGAAAAUAUCAAAAGCUGCGUUCGUUUGGUUCGUUGUCAGAUAGUGAAGUAAAAUCAUUGCAUUCAUUAAAUUAUUGAAUAUAAAAUAAAAACAAAAACUGGAGUCACACACACACACACCCAUCAAUAGAAAAGGUUAAGAUAAAUAAUGUGAGAGCAAGAUUGACGCAGUGUUAUGAGAAAAAAAAUAUGGAAAAACACGUCUUUCAUCGUAGAACUCGGGAAGAGAUGCGGGGAGCAAAAUGAAUUUAACGGUUAAUUAUUACAAGUAAUAUACACAUACUCUGGUCAGUAGGUUAUCGGUUGAAUUGAGCCAAAAAUUUAUAAUCACCGUUCGUUCGUUCGAGUUGAAUAUUAAAAAAUAUCGAUGAAGCAAAAAGUUGCAAAUCUCUUCAAGUCAGUUGCAAAUUUUUGUGAUUUUAGGAAUUAAAAAUAAAAUGUAAAUAAUAAUUGCGUGUGCUGGGGCAGUUUUCAACACUCGAUGAUUUGGACCACACACAAACACACACACACAAUCUUGCAGAAAACGGAAUUUUUCAAUGCGGGCUGCCCCAAACUGAUGAACAAAAAUCAAAAUCAACAAUAAACUAUAAUUUCGCCGCUCUAGAUGUGUUUUGAUUGUGUAAUCAAGGGUGUGUAAAACGUUUAAAAAGAGUGAGUUUCAUUGCCAAAAAAUGUAUAGGACAAAAUAAGCAACAUGUACUAUAAAAAGUCAGCAACACUAUUGUAAUGUAUAGUUUUAAAAAACAACAAUAAGAAGCGAUUACCGGAACGCGGGGUCGAGGCUGGGCGAUUUCAUUUUCGGUCGGCUGCCGAGUGCCAAAUUUUGCGAUCGCUCGAUCAAUCUACGAUUAUUAUAAUAUCUCUCUCACGUUGCUCACACACACAUACACAUACACACACACACUCACGCGCGAUGAUAAAAAGUAACAAAUAUUUUGCUAAGUACAAAACUGGGCCGCGGAUGCACACUUUAAAUCAAUCACGACGACGACUACGCCAUAUCCGCCAGCAUAUCCCCUGAAAUCGAGACAUAUUCAAACGAUAUCAAAGACGAAGAAACAAAGAAAUGAAACUCCGCUCGGCCGACGCCCCGAAAAAUCAUUUUUCACUCCCUAUUUUUCUCUUCCUUCGUAACUAUAUAGGACGAAGUUUAGACUUUUUCGCAGCAAUUCCUUCGCGAUAUAUACAUAUAUCUCUUUCUACUCUACUUGUAAAUAUACACUCUCACUCGAACACACACUCUCACACAUUGUUUAUAUAAUGGAAUAGAGCCGCGAGCGGAUCGGAAUUUUUGUGUGCGAUAAAAAAAUGUGUUAGGAAGGCCGUCGAUUCGCCGCGGAGGACAAAAGCAACGUCCAGAUUUAACGAGCAAAAAGAAUAAAAAAGCAACGUUUCUGCAUCCGCUCUGUAUACUUAUAUAAAAUUCAUCCGACAAAUCUUGUAUAAUCCAGCAAUUCUACGAAUUUCCGAAGAUCAGAAUGUCAAUUUCUCUCUUCUGUAUGAUGACGAUUCUGUGCGAGGACGAGCAAGUUUAUUGAUUUCUCAGACUGCGCUUGUUUUCAAUUACUACUGCGUUGAUUUUCCAAUGAUUGUCAACUGAUGCAAUAUAUUAUUAUGUACACGAAAAUACAUAUUAUGUACUAAGCAGCGAGCACAGUGUCCGACCCCAAUCAGGUCGCGCACUCUGCUUUCCUGUUUGUUCGUUCGUUCGUCGCAUUCGGACGCAAUUUGCGUGAAUAUAAAUGAAAAAGAGCCACACACAUUCAGACGACGCGCAUUGUUUGUUUUUGGUUAUUAAAAGUGUGUAUUUAGAAAAACGAA